AUGGGACUCUCCGUCGAACUUGAUAAGCGGGGUCUCAGUGGAUGUACUAUUUGGGCGCGAGUUCUACCCAGCUGUGUGAGCAUAGCAAGGUCAAAUAGUUUGGUGCUGCGGGCGGUGUUGUCUUUAUCUGCCGCGCACCUUGCUUGCCUCACACAAAAUCCUGAAAUAGACGAGCUUUCGAGACGACACCGCUCUGCCGCUUUGAAGGGUCUACAAGCAGCGCUGAGCCCGGAGAUAGUGGCUGUUUCCAGGGAAAACGCGGAAGCAAUGAUCUCGGUCCAUAUCUUGCUUCUCUGGCAAGUGACUGACUACCACACCUGGAUAAUCCUGAAACGAGGCCUGGCUACCAUUCUCGAAACCAUACCGCCAGUUUGGAAGCAAGAAUCACUCGUCAUCCAAUACGGAGAAAGUCAGGGUACCCUAAACUCUCUGAAGUUUUCCUUGUCGAUCGAUGAACACCUUGCUCAGCUCGAUUGCGCAAUGCAGACAUUGCGACUGAUGCAGGAGAGAGUCCAACAUCACGCUGAUUACUCUCAUCAUCUGCGAAAUUUGAUCGAUUUGGUACAACGAUUGCGCCAGACUGUGCCAUGCUUUGAGACACCCGAGCAAUUCUUUGACGAAACGAAGAUCUUCAGAAAAUGGCUUCUCUGGCUGCCGUCAUAUUUGCUGCGAGAUGUCGAGCUUGAGAUGAGUGGACUCGCUGUUCUCGCCCAGUUCUUCGCGGUGGCAACGAUUCUCGACCGAAUAUACCCUCAGACUGUUGGAUCAACAUACGGAACUGUCUCUAUUACCGCAAUCGAAGAGAUCUGCCGUGUUCUCGCCAUUCACAACGCCACCGAUCUUCAAAGUCCAGAUCUGAAGCUCGCCCUGACACUCCUAGAAUUGCCGCGAUAUUGUGUGGCUCGACAUCAUGGCUGUCUCUCAUGGUCCCCACUACCCUCGGUCGAACCCUAUCCCUCCGAUUUAUCGAGCCCAAGCCUUGGACUAGCAGACAACUGUUUUGCUUCCCAUUCAUCACCUCGAUCCAUUUCGUCCUCUUACGCUGCACACACUCCUCCUCUUCAGUCUCCCGCGGCUGGCACAAUCGUGGAAUCCUCAUAUAUUACCCCCCAUGUCUAUUCGACUCCAGCCGAGUCUUCGUAUUCGUUCUACCCGCCAUCACCACACGUUUUUGAUACCCAGAACUUGCAGCCCGAUGCGUCAAGUGCAAGUUAUUUUGUUUUUGAUCCUCACUUGUCAUUCUAUACCCCGCCUUUGGCCAGCGACACGUUCUGCUCGGAGAUGCCUUCUACCCAUUCCAUGGAAGGGCUCCAGAUGCCUAUUUAUCAUUCUUCAUACGCCUUUGAGAUGCCCGAAAUGGCUCCGUCCGAGCCUUGCUGGACAUGA